AUGGCGGGACAGACCGCGAUGCGAACCCCUGAACCGCCCGACCGUGACGACGAACGCGAAGGCUCACCGCCACGAUUGUCGAGGCCGAGACGCACUACCCGACCACCCAGUAAUCAUGCUCAGGAUCAAGAGAUCGACAAACAGCAGAGAACGACACGGUCUCAACUGAGAAAGAAAACCCAAGACAAGCCAGUAACCCAACGUGACGCGGUCACUUCGGACCACUCCGCGACGGAGAGCGAGGACCUUAUCGCCGCCACACUCGUGAAGGAGCUCAUUAAACUCAGGCAAGAGAUCAGGCGACGCGAUGAAUUGCACAAGAAAGAGCUUCAGAAGGUUAAAGAAGAAUUUAGCGUUGCCCUUGCCGAAGUCCGACACGAGCUACAGACCCUGACAGAUAGACCUUCCACACCGCCAUCCCACGCCGAGGCAUGCGCUCAGAACAGCCACGAUGAGAUCCUCCGCGAGAUUCAAUCCCUACGCGAUGCCAUCAGCCCUUCCGUUGCCACUGGCUCCCGUCCUAUGCAGAUGUCGCCCGUACUCCUCCACUCAGUCGCCCGAGCAACAUACGGACGCUCUCGACGUCGAAUACAACACCGACCACUUUCACCGACACGUUGUAUUACACAAUAG